AUGAUGGAUUUCUUACGGGGCCUGCUGUCUGCAGAAUUCUUCGAAAUGCUGGAAAAAAUGCAGGCACCAAAACUUGAAGAACAGAGGACUGGAAGCCAAAAACAUAAGGAAGACUACAUCCCAUACCCCAGCAUCGAUGAGGUUUUAGAGAGGGCUGAGAGCAGAGUGCUAAAGUCCAUGGGCAGAGGGAUUAAAGCCCUGGUCCUGGAUCAUUUAAAUUUUUAUUGUACAGCCAGCAGCCUUGGAAAUCUGAUCCUUUCUAUUAAGUGUGAGGAGGCAGAUGGCACAGAAUAUUUAAGGAUUAUACUCAGGUCCAAAGUGAAGACGUUGCAUGAAAGGAUCCCCCUGGCAGGAUUUAGCAAGCUCCCUAGUAUCCCCCAGAUUGCAAAGGCCUUCUGUGACGACGCCUCCGGGCUGAAGUUUAACCCGGUUCUGUACCCCAAGGCGUCCCAGAUGAUAGUGUCUUACGAUGAACAUGAGGUCAACAACACAUUCAAGUUUGGUGUGAUCUAUCAGAAGUUCAGGCAGACCCAAGAGGAGGAGUUGUUUGGCAAUAAUGAAGAGAGCACUGCCUUCAAGAACUUCUUAAGUUUUCUGGGAGACACGAUAACACUCCAGGACUUCAAAGGUACAAAGCUGCCUGUGACCGAAGGAGAUACACAACAACUCCAGAGGAAGAGGCACAUCGGCAAUGACAUUGUGGCAAUUAUCUUCCAAGAAGAGAACACGCCGUUUGUCCCAGACAUGAUCGCCUCCAACUUCUUGCACGCCUACAUUGUUGUGCAGGUGGAAAACCCCGAGGCAGAUAACACGGUGUACAAGGUGUCCGUCACGGCCCGGGAAGAUGUCCCCUCCUUUGGCCCGCCCCUGCCAAGCCCGCCAGUAUUUCAGAAAGACCGGACACGGGCUGCCUUGUUGGACAACCUUCACGACGAGCUCCACGGGCACACACAGACCAUGCUGGGGCUGGGGCCCGAGGAGGACAAGCUGGAGAAUGGGGGUCACGGAGGCUUUCUGGAGUCUUUCAAGAGGUCCCCAUGGGUGCGCAGCCACUCCAUGGAGACAAUGGUGGGCAGCCAGAAGAAGCACCACGGCGGCGGCAUCCCGGGCAGCCUCAGCGGGGGCAUCGCACACAACAGCGGCGAGGUGACCAAGACCACCUUCUCGCCCCCUGUACCAGCAGCUGCCGCCAAGAACCAGUCCAGGAGCCCCAUCAAGCGCCGUUCGGGGCUCUUCCCUCGCCUGCACACGGGGUCUGAGAGCCAGGUGGAGAGCAGGACAAGGUGUGACAGCGUUUCUGGAGCCCAGAAGACACCAGAUUUGGGACAUUCUUCUCAAGAGAUGAAAUCUGAAACCUCGUCCAACCCCAGCUCCCCUGAAAUAUGCCCCAACAAAGACAGGCCAUUUAUUAAGCUGAAAGAGAACGGGAGGUCAAAUAUCUCCCGUUCUUCCUCGAGCACCAGCAGCUUCAGCAGCACGGCGGGGGAGAGCGAGACCCUGGAGGAGUACGACAGCGUGGUAGGCACCAAACCCACCCCGCAGCACGCUCGGGCUCAGGACCCCGCAGCUCCGCACGUCCCUCAGCUUCCUGCUGCCUCCGGACCCUCGGCAGAUAUAAAGAACAGAAACUCUCCAAGGUCAAACCUGAAGUUUCGCUUUGACAAGCUCAGCCACGGCAGCUCCAGCACGGAGGCAGAGCCCGCGAAGGGCAGUCAGUGA